UUCACCAUCGCAAAGCCAAACCGACAAAUGCAUAAAAGCUGCAAUCAAUUGUAGACGCAUCUCAAAUAACAAUUUCAACUUUAAGUACUCACAAACUACCACAGUUAGCUAUUUAACAAAAACGCGCAAUAAACAAUAUUGGCAGAACAAAAAAAAUCAAACACAACAAAAUAAAAACAAUUAAACAUGAGUACCACUGUUACGAGUGUUUCCGACUAUCCUGAAUACCUAAGCGAAGAAACCUUUAAACGAUUACUAACGCAGAAUUUUGGCGCGCAAGCACAAUUACGCGACUUACAAGUGAUACCGCAAAAAUCAUUUGGUAAUUAUUGCAGCGAUAUCUACCGCGUAAAGUUGAUAUAUGAUUUGCAUGGACUGUCAAGUGCAGAAAAUCUGCGUGGGGAAACGAAUGAAGAUCAACGUGUACUACAAGUGCUUGUGAAGGAUUUGUUCGAAAAUCUCUCCACGAUUUCUAAUGAGAACUUUAUGUACGAACAGGUGCUACCCGAGAUCAAUAAAAUAUUGCACAUUUGUGGCCUGGAAUCGGCGUCACCAACUGUAUACUACACGUUAAAAACUAAAAAUGAAAUACAUUUCUUCGAGGAUCUGACUCCGCGUGAGUAUAUAGUGCGUCCGCGUACUAUUGGCUACAAUGAGGAUGAAACACGUUUGCUAUUCAAGCGCUUGGGAGAGUAUCAUGCGGCGUCGCUUAUCUAUACAGAGUCGCAUCCUGAGGUAAGAAAUAAACUGCGUCAGUUCUAUGCCGUCAGCGAUCCGGCGCUUGAGCUCUUCAUCGAAGACCAAAUGCAUGGUAAUAUAGAGCAUGUUGUUAAAAUUAUCGAAACUUGGUCCGGCUUCGACGGCAUAAUUGACAAAAUGCGAAAAAAUACAGGUGAGGUGUUCCGAAAUAAAUUCCUUCCGUUAUUCGAUGCGUCACAAGCUGGACUAACUUUGAUACUACAUGGCGAUAUGUGGAUUGCUAAUAUACUUUUGUCGUACAAUAGUAACGAUGGCAAAACGAAGGAUGCAGUGUUCUUGGAUUAUCAGAACAGCUUCUACGGCAGUCCCGCCUUUGACAUUCAUAAUCUUUUCAUGACAAGCGUACAAUUGUCGGUGAUUGUGGAGUGCUACGAUGCCAUUAUUGCACAUUAUUAUGCAUCCUUUCGUUCAACUUUGCUUGCGGCUAAGUAUCCUGUAGAGAACAUUCCAAGUUUUCAGUGUAUUCUAGAUGAACUGCGUCGCACCGAUUACUUCAAUUACUAUCUACUCACUUUCCCGUUCGCACAAACUAUGUUAAGUGAUGAUAUGACGAAAGGUAUGAGUUUCAAUGAAUUUCAGAAUAAGCAGCGCUUGGAGCUGAAUCGUAUGGAUAUCUAUAGCAACGCGCGAGUUUUGGAUACAUAUAAAUAUAUGCUAAAGUCAUUCGAUGAAAGAGGCUUACUGGAUUAGUAUUACCCCACAUCUGCAGUGGAAAUUAUGCUGUCAAUUCUUUUAAAGCAAAU